CCCCGUCCCUCGACCCGUGCAAGGCCGUGCUCAGAGGCCAAUUAGAAGGGCUCGGCCUCAGACAGGCUCCAGUCUGCCCUCGUGGCAGCAGAGUGAGUGCGGCGAGUUAACGAAGCGCGACAAUGGCAAACCCAGAGGUUCGCGACCUGCGCCUCCGAUAACAGCACAACGACUGUGUGCCCGCGACUUCUCGGCCACGGGGGUGCAGGCGACACUCUGAAGCGCUCCCGCACGGGGCGAUGCUCGCGCGGAGCUGGAGGGACCACCGCCGCAAGCCGGCAGAUGGGGCAGGAGCAGGAGGAGGGAGAUGAUGACAUGGGGAAACGGGUCGGGGGGAACCAAAGGAGCGAUGGAGGGGCGGCAGGACGCACGGGCGCAGGCAUCUUUGGCGCCCCGAGUCGGCGGGCGCUGACCGAAGCCAAUCUCGGAAGAGCGCGCUCCGAGCGGGCACCAAAACGGGCGCGUUGCCAGGAGCGCGGGCGUCAUUCCAAAGACGCACGCUCCUGGAACGGCGGACAAACAGAGCUGCCUUGUGCAGCAUCCUCGGGCGCACGUGUUCCUCGACUCCACCGACGGUGAAGGUCCGAGUGUUCGAAUGUCGAGGGCAUGCGUCCGCACCCUCUACGCACCUCGGGGCGCUUCGUCGCCGCGAAUGGAUUCCCCUCGAAUUUCCGCCCUGAACGCACCCUGGGACACGUCCGGGGGUCGCAGCGCAGCAGCGGCACAGCCGCCGAGCGGGACCCUAGCGCCCGAGCCGAGCGAGCGCAGCUGGCUGCGGCGCGGCCCGAACCGACCGGACCGCGAGCGGCGCGCCCCCCCACAACAUCAGCGGCGCCAGGGCGGCCUGCAGGAGGCCUCCCCGCAGGCUGGGCGGGGAGGGCUGCGGGCAUCGAAUUUCUACGCUGCGAGCUGCAAUUGUCCUCAUCCUGGGCAUGCCCGUCGGCUGCUUGCUGGCCCGCACACCUGCCGGCGCGAGAGUCAGCAGGUGGGAAACUAAUCGGGCCUGGCAAGCGUGCACGGAAGGCACCCGGGCACCGUGCCGCGUGCCCCGAGCCGGCGCCAUCCCGGGCCCUGGCACGGGGCACACACGCCCUCCAGGCCGAGGCCGACGACGACGACGACGACGACGACGACGACGACGACGACAAGGACGACCGCGACGACCACGACCACGACCACGACCACGACCACGACGACGACGACGACGACGACGACGACGACGACGACGACGACGACGACGAAAACGACGACAUCGACGGCAGACGGUGCGCGUGCCGCCAGGCCUCCUGGGC